AUGAAGCUGGUACACUUUUUGAUGAAACUGCGCAAUGAGCAAGUCACUAUAGAGCUGAAGAAUGGAACAACGGUGUGGGGAACGCUGCAAACUGUGUCGCCUCAAAUGAAUGCUACUCUUACGGAUGUCAAGCUAUCGCUUCCUAACAAAUCCGGAAACAGCGCAGUCGCUAGUGUGUUCCUGAGUGGAGGCCAACGCAACUCUGAACAAAAAACAACGUCGUUACAGUAUAUCAAUAUCCGUGGCAAUACCAUUCGGCAGAUAAUCCUGCCAGACUCGCUGAACUUGGAUACGUUACUAGUAGACGAAAGACACCUCAAUCGGUUGAGACGCACGGGGAAGGUCACUAACGACCAUAACAAGAAGAGAAGGAUGGACUCAAACGGGGGCCCAGUCAAGAGGCCAAAGAGGGCCCUUUGA